AUGUCUCCUCCAGCAGCUAUCUUUGAGUCUUCUCCUGUCUCGACCACUACCACUGGUCUGAAGGACAAGUUGACUCCUGAGAUGCUCUCAUUCAUCACCCAAGGUCAGCAGACUAGGCUCUUGGAUGAAUUCGCUGGAAAGUGGGACAGCUUCAAGUUUGCUCCUAUCCGGGAGAGCCAGGUGUCUCGUGCUAUGACUCGUCGCUACUUCAAUGACCUCGACAAGUAUGCCGAGAGCGACAUUGUCAUCGUCGGUGCUGGCUCUUGUGGUCUUAGCACUGCUUAUGUUCUCGGAAAGGCUCGCCCGGACUUGAAGAUUGCUAUCGUUGAGGCCAAUGUUUCUCCUGGUGGUGGUGCCUGGCUCGGCGGUCAGCUUUUCUCUGCCAUGGUCAUGCGUAAGCCCGCAGACGUCUUUCUCAACGACCUCGGCGUCCCCUUCGAGGAAGAUGCGACCAACCCCAACUACGUCGUGGUGAAACACGCCGCCCUCUUCACUUCCACCUUGCUAUCCAAAGUCCUCUCUUUCCCCAACAUCAAACUCUUCAACGCCACCAGUGUCGAGGACCUGAUCACCCGUCCCGGCCAAAACGGCAUCGAAGAUGUCCGCAUUGCCGGUGUCGUCACUAACUGGACCUUGGUCACCAUGCACCAUGACGACCAGUCCUGCAUGGACCCGAAUACCAUCAAUGCCCCUCUUGUCAUCAGCACAACUGGUCACGACGGCCCAUUCGGUGCCUUCUGUGCCAAGCGUCUUGUCUCCAUGACCGCUAUUGAGAAGCUCGGCGGUAUGCGUGGUUUGGACAUGAAUGCUGCUGAAGAUGCGAUUGUCAAGAACACUCGUGAAGUCACCAAGGGUCUUAUCAUUGGUGGUAUGGAGCUGUCUGAGAUUGAUGGAUUCAACCGUAUGGGUCCUACCUUUGGCGCUAUGGUGCUUAGUGGUGUCAAAGCCGCUGAGGAGGCUUUGAAGGUGAUUGAGGACCGCAAGCGCGAAUGUGCUGAGUAA